AUACACACGUGCUCUGUCCCAGUCUGUGUCUCAUUAGUGCGCAUGUGCGAAGUCGUGACCGCGCACUUAUGUGAGACGUUUGAAAGUUGGGCCGGUUACACAGUACCGUAACAUACAGCAAUCAUGGAGCUCAAUGAUGGAAACCUUCAAACUCUGACUGAAUACCUGCGGAAAACACUAAGCCCUGACCCAGCUGUGAGACGACCAGCUGAGAAAUUUCUGGAAUCGGUGGAAGGAAACCAGAACUACCCCAUUUUACUGCUCACAGUACUGGAGAAGUCCCAAGAUGAUGUCAUCCGGGUGUGCUCGGCCGUCACCUUCAAGAACUACAUCAAGAGAAACUGGCGCAUAAUUGAAGAUGAACCAAACAAAAUUUCAGAUCCCGAUCGAACAACCAUCAAAGCCAACAUUGUCAAUUUGAUGCUGACCAGCCCCGAGCAAAUACAAAAGCAGCUCAGUGAUGCGAUAAGCAUCAUUGGACGAGAGGACUUCCCUCAGAAAUGGCCAGAUCUUCUGACCGAUAUGGUGACGCGGUUUCAAAGUGGAGACUUUCACAUCAUCAACGGGGUUCUUCGCACGGCACACUCUCUUUUUAAAAGAUAUCGUCAUGAGUUUAAGUCCAAUGAGCUGUGGACAGAGAUCAAGCUGGUACUGGACACUUUUGCGCAACCCCUCACUGAACUUUUCAAGGCCACAAUAGAUUUGUGUCAAACUCACGCAACAGACGUCAAUGCUCUGAAGGUUCUCUUCUCCUCCCUAACACUCAUUUCAAAACUCUUCUACAGCCUUAACUUCCAGGAUCUACCAGAGUUCUUCGAAGAUAACAUGGAGACUUGGAUGACACACUUUCAUAACUUAUUGACAUUGGACAACAAAUUGUUACAAACAGAUGAUGAAGAAGAGGCGGGUCUAUUGGAGCUGUUGAAAUCUCAAAUAUGUGAUAACGCAGCGCUUUAUGCACAAAAAUACGACGAAGAGUUCCAGCCCUACCUGCCUCGCUUUGUCACGGCCAUCUGGAACCUGCUGAUCACAACUGGCCAAGAGGUCAAAUAUGACUUGCUUGUAAGCAAUGCUAUCCAGUUUUUGGCAUCUGUAUGCGAGCGGCCGCACUACAAAAACCUUUUUGAAGACCAGAACAUCCUCACCAGCAUCUGUGAGAAGGUCAUCGUCCCCAACAUGGAGUUCAGAAGUGCAGAUGAGGAGGCAUUUGAAGAUAACUCGGAGGAGUACAUCAUCAGAGACCUUGAAGGCUCAGACAUUGACACAAGGCGUCGAGCGGCCUGUGAUUUGGUGCGAGGGCUUUGCAAGUUUUUCGAGGGCCCAGUGACCAGUAUCUUCUCUGGCUAUGUGAACUCAAUGUUGACGGAGUAUGCCAAGAACCCAGGCGUGAAUUGGAAACACAAAGACGCUGCUAUUUAUCUCGUCACAUCCCUGGCCUCCAAAGCUCAAACGCAAAAGCAUGGAAUAACACAAGCCAACGAGUUGGUGAAUCUGUCUGAAUUUUUCGCAAACCACAUUCUCGUAGACCUGAAAUCUCCAAACGUGAACGAGUUUCCAGUUUUAAAAUCAGAUGCAAUCAAAUAUGUUAUGACCUUCAGAAGUCAGCUCCCUAAGGAGCAGCUGUUGGAGGCAGUUCCUCUUCUGGUGUCACACCUUCAGGCAGAGAGUAUAGUACAGCACACAUACUCGGCUCAUGCGCUGGAGAGACUCUUCACCAUGAGAGGACCCAACAACUCCACCCUAAUCACGCCCGCUGAUAUCGCACCCUUCACAGAGCAGUUGCUCAACAAUCUGUUCAAAGCUCUCGCGAUACCCGGCUCCUCUGAGAACGAGUACAUCAUGAAAGCUAUCAUGAGGACCUUCUCUCUACUGCAGGAGUCCAUUGUGCCCUAUGUCCCCACCCUCAUUGGCCAACUCACCCACAAGCUUCUCCUUGUCAGCAAGAAUCCCAGUAAGCCACAUUUCAACCAUUACCUGUUCGAGUCCCUCUGCCUGUCUAUCAGGAUCACCUGCAAGGCAAAUCCAGCCACAGUGGGCAGCUUUGAAGAGGCCCUGUUCCCUGUGUUUACCGAGAUUCUGCAAAAUGACGUGCAGGAGUUCGUGCCGUAUGUCUUUCAGGUGAUGUCCCUGCUGCUGGAGAUCCACACCAGCUCCAUCCCCUCCUGUUAUAUGGCUCUGUUUCCUCACCUGUUGCAGCCUGUGCUUUGGGAGCGCACAGGGAACAUCCCUCCUCUGGUCCGCCUGCUACAGGCCUACCUGGAAAAAGGAGCCGGCUCUAUCGCAACAACAGCACCUGAUAAGAUUCCCGGUCUUCUUGGUGUGUUCCAGAAACUCAUUGCGUCCAAGGCCAAUGACCACCAAGGCUUUUAUCUGCUCAACAGUAUCGUGGAGCACAUGCCAACAGAUUCAAUCAUGCAGUACAGGAAGCAGAUCUUCAUUUUGCUAUUUCAGAGACUACAGAGCUCCAAAACGACAAAGUUUGUUAAGAGUUUCCUUGUCUUCAUCAAUCUCUAUGGUGUGAAAUACGGCGCAAUUGCAUUGCAGGAGAUUUUUGAUGAGAUUCAGCCAAAGAUGUUUGGUAUGGUCGUGGAGAAGAUUGUGAUUCCUGAGGUGCAGAAGGUCUCAGGGCAGGUGGAGAAGAAGAUCUGUGCAGUGGGAAUUAUUAAGAUCCUCACAGAGUGUCCCUCUAUGAUGGAUACAGAAUACACCAAACUCUGGACUCCUUUGCUGCAGGCUCUGAUUGGUUUAUUUGAGUUACCAGAAGACGACAGCAUCCCAGAUGAUGAGCACUUCAUAGACAUAGAGGACACACCAGGAUACCAGACCGCUUUCUCCCAACUCGCUUUUGCUGGCAAAAAAGAGCACGACCCUAUUGGAGACGCUGUCAGCAAUCCCAAAAUCCUCCUUGCCCAGUCCUUACACAAACUGUCCACUGCCUGUCCUGGAAGGGUGCCCUCUAUGGUGAGCACCAGUCUGCCAGCAGAGGCUCUUCAGUAUCUACAGGGUUACCUCCAGGCCGCUGCCGUACAGCUGGUGUAACUCACACAACCAAACUCUCUUUAUCUGUCUCCUUUAUGCCUGUUGAAAAUGGGACUUCUGACUCUCUCAAGAUACCUAAACUGAUCCAACCAGUAAAGAGAUGAAGAGUGGACUCAACACGACACACACGAGUGGAGAUGUGCUGCCCAACAAGACUGUCUGAAGAAGGGAUUUUAAGGGAUUGUUUACUUUUAAUGACUUUGUUGUAAACUAACCAAUAUAAGAGAGAUGUUUUGGGGUCUGCUCAUUUCUCUGGGUGGGUCAUGUUGAUGUUGUUUAUGUAUUAACUAAGUCCAUACAUCACAUUCUCUUGUUGGGUUUGCCGUUUUCCCCAAAUAUACAUUUGGCAGUAUUUUGAAAAAAAAAGACUUUUACACAGAUUUGGCAAGCACUCGGAAGUUGGUGAGAAGUGGUUUUUUUCUGUUUGUUGUUUUUCCUGUAGUUUUGGAGGUGUUUUUACUGUAUAAACAGUUUUGCAAUGCAGAAAAAUGAAAGAUGUCUUUGUCGCCUCUGUCAUUCACUAUGUUUUGUCUUUGUCUUAGUUUUGCUGCUCUAUCUGAUUGUUAUAAAAUAAAGCACUUGUUAAACAUC